CACACCUCUCAGCCCACACCCACACUAAGUACACCCAAACAAACACGACAUCAAACACUCGCAUCGAAAUGACGACGACCAAACGCGUUCUGUUCGUCCUGUCCUCCGCCACCGAGACGCUCACUGGUGCUCCAGCUGGAUGGUACCUCCCCGAAGCCGCGCACCCCUACUACGUGCUCGCCGCCGACCCCGGUAUCUCGGUCGACUUCGCCGCGCCCAAGGGGCCCAACCCGCCCGUGGACCCCGCCAGCGUUCAGGGAUUCCCGGACGACAUCCCCUUCCUGAGCGACCCGGCGCCCAAGAGGCUGCUCGAGACCGCCAGGGUGCUCGCGACGGUCAGCGCGGCCGACUACGACGCGGUGUUCUACGUCGGCGGGCACGGGCCGAUGAUGGAUCUCGCCGCGGACGAGGCGAACGCGAAGCUGUUGAUGGACUUCUGGAACGCGAACAAGAUCGUCUCUGCCGUGUGCCAUGGGCCUGGCGCGAUGGUCUUGGCCAAGCUCCCGAACGGCGACUCCAUUCUGAAGGGCAAGAACGUCACCGGUCUUUCGAACGCAGAGGAAGAGGCGAUCGGUAAAACCAAGGACGUGCCGUUCCUGCUGGAAGACAAGCUCAGGGAGCUCGGGAGCAAGUACACAUUGGCUACCAAGCCGUUUGAGAACUAUGUGGUCGUUGACAAUGGCGGGAAGCUGAUUACGGGGCAGAACCCUGCUUCAGCGAAAGAAGUCGGCCAGAAGAUUCUGGAGGCGCUGAAGGCCUAAAUUUCUUCUGUUAGCAACAUGUAACCGCGAUGUAGAAUUAAGCAAUCAAGUUGAUGUAUACUCAC